GUAGAAGGUGAUUUUCCCCUUUGUGGGUCCAAAGCAUGGCAUGAAGUUCUGAAUGUAAUUUAUUCAGCAUCCAUCAAAUCGCCUAAUCAUUGUGGCGUAUUCGUUGGUACUGGCGGAAGUGGUUUAUUUAUGAAGCCAGAUAUUACAAAGCUAGUAUCAAAAUUAUUAUACAAAUACUUGGACUUACCGCCUGAUAUUGUUAUCCAACAAUGUCUUUUGGGAAAGUUGCCUGAAUGCAGACAAUGCUCUCAGACAUUGGUGAUCAGUAAAAUACUACUAAUGUAUCACAUUGGAUAUGAUACCUCAACAAGCUUAGACAAAUCUUAUGGAAAAGACGAGCUUCAAUGUGGCUGGAGACAU